GAUACCGUGCUUCUCCUUCACAAUAACAUGCUUCGUCUGGUACUUCUGGCGGCGGCGGUGGCGGCAGUGGUGGCCUCACCCGCCAUCCCACUGGCGGCCAAGGCGAUGUACAAUCCGGACCUCUUCCAGGGUGACAUCAAGGGCAUCGCUGGACAAGAACCUGGGCACGAGAGAGCGGCCAGACUAUGGCCGUAUUACCUGUGGUCCGGCGGCGAAGUGCCCUACGUCUUCGGCAGCUCAAUAACUCAACAUCAGAGGAACAUCAUUAUUCAGGGUAUGAAUGACUUCCAUACCAAGACCUGCGUCAGGUUCAUCGAAAGAACCACACAGCGUGACUACAUCGAGAUUGUCUCCAACUACCAAGGGUGCUGGUCCUACGUGGGCAAGAUCGGAGGCAAUCAGAGCCUCUCUCUUGACGUCAACGGCUGCAUGUACGUGGGUACGGCCAUCCACGAGCUGAUGCACGCCCUUGGCUUCUACCACGAGCACACUCGCAACGAUCGCGACAACUACAUCACCAUUCAUUACGAAAACGUCAUUCCAGGUAAGGAGUCCCAGUUCAGGAAGGACAUCCUUUAUCAGUACGUGGGCGAGGGGUACAACUACGCCAGCAUCAUGCAUUACGGCACCUACGCCUUUUCCAUUCAGUGGGGUGUAAAGAAGACCAUCGUCCCUAAGGACCCUAACGUGGUGUUAGUCAAUGCUUAUGACAAGUACGAGAUGGAGCAGAGUGACGCAAACCAGAUCAACAACCUGUACGCCGAUGAGUGUGCCCGCCGCCACUAAGUGAUAGGUGCAAUAAACUCGGCACUUGCGAGUUAAUGCCAUUCGGUUGCUUCCGCUGAAAUUAACUUUAUUCCUAUAAAGAUAUCUAAAGUUUGCUUUUUCUGGUUGAUUUUUCUACAAAUUUUUCACGAUACCAAAUUGAUUUGAAUAUUUUACAAGCGUAUUAUCAAGAUUUUCUUUACAUUCUCUGUUCCUGAACACAAUGUUCUUUCCUCAUCUAUUAUGUUUGAUUUUAUUUCUCCAACUAGAAUUGAUGUAAUCGCUAUACUUUAAACUUCGCAAGUAGGUAUAUGUAUUUUUUUCACAUGUAUAAAAAAAAUAUAUUAAUUUCUUGCAUGCAUGUUUUUG